AGGUAUCACAUGCAAUUAUAGAAAGGUGAGAAGGUGGGAAAGGAAGGUGGGAGAAGGAACGGCAGAGACCAUUCAGAGAGAGAGAGAGAGAGAGCAAAGUGAGGCCCAUGCCAUCACACCACCACCUUGAAACUCGUAAACAAUUCGGUGUGCAAUUAAUAUAAUCGUCUGUUUCUUGCUGCUAACAAUGGCGACCAAAGGUUCUGAGCUGGGCAAUUUGGUUGUGGCUUAAAGGCCUCAUCAGAAGCCUCUCACUCUUUCUCAUACACCAAUUUCUUCACUCAGUGAGGCCUCACUACCCCUCACUCGUCUCUUUCCACAAGAGGGGCAUCCUUCGCAGCAGGAGGAGGAGAACACACAGCAGUGGAGAAAAGGAAGCAAAAAGGUGAAGGUUUCUUCUUUAGGGUGACUCUCUUUAGGGUUCUACCUCCCUCUCUUGUUUCUCCUCCUUUGAACCAUCACUUCUUUGGGAAUCUGUGGCUUAUUGUGGAUCAAGAUGAGAGUUUUAGCAGUGCUCACUUUAGUGAUGGUUUCAUUGAGCGGCAUCAAUUCUGCUUCGGCUGCUACACCUUCAAAAAUUGUUGCCGCAGCCGUGUCCAAUGUGGCCUCUUCUAUCUUGAAGAGGUUUUGGUCACUGAAAUCUACCACAAGAACAGCAGUCCCUGGCCACCACACUUCGAUGAAAUUUGAGAGUGGCUACACUGUGGAGACAGUUUUUGAUGGAAGCAAGCUGGGGAUCGAGCCGUACUCGGUCGAGGUGACACAGGGGGGAGAGUCGCUGCUUCUUGAUUCGGUCAACAGCAAUGUGUAUCGGAUCUCUCUACCAUUGUCUAGAUAUAGUAGACCUAAGCUUGUUGCCGGUUCUCCAGAAGGGUAUGUUGGCCACGUUGAUGGAAGGCCGCGAGAAGCAAGGAUGAACCAUCCAAAGGGCUUUACAGUAGAUGAAAGAGGAAAUAUAUAUGUUGCAGACACAAUGAACAUGGUAAUAAGGAAAAUUAGCAACACAGGGGUUACGACAAUUGCUGGGGGAAAGUGGGGUGGUAGAGUAGCACACUCGGACGGGGCAAGUGAAGAUGCAAAGUUUUCUACUGAUUUUGAAGUAGUUUACGUUGCGAGUAGCUGUUCGCUUCUGGUGGUAGACAGGGGAGACCAGGCAAUCAGGGAAGUUCAGCUUAAUGUCGAUGAUUGUGCAUACCAAUAUGAAACUGGUUUUCCUUCCGGAAUCACAGUGCUGCUUGCUGCGGGUUUCUUUGGCUACAUUCUAGCAUUACUUCAAUGGCGUGUCGGACUGAUGGUCUCAUCAAAAGACGUCGACGAUCAUGUGCAGGAAAAUCAAGCAAAUUGUGUACAGGAACAUCGAACACCCAUCAAAACAAGCAUGCCUCCUUAUCGGAGACAAAUGAAAACAUCUUUAAGGCCACCACUUAUACCGACUGGAGAAGACACAGAAAAUGCAGACGACGAAGGCCUCUUAAGCUCCACGGGGAAGUUAAUAUCUCGAACAUGGUUCUCCACUGCCGAAAUAUUCGGUUCAUUGUUCCCAAUUUUCCGAAGGAAACCUAAACCUACACAAUAUCAGCAGCAGCAGCAACAACCGAAGGUAAACACUUGGCCAAUGCCUGAGAGUUUUGUCAUUCCAGAUGAUGAGAUACCGCCACCGGUGGAGGCAAGAGCUCCCGCACCGCGAAAGACCUACGCAUUCAUGUCAAAAGAACCAGAAAAGAUCCACCACGUUCGGCAUCCACGAACUUACACUAAUGGGUGGAAGGCGGAGCCGCAGAAGCAGGUACAGCAAGUGCAUCAACAACAACUACAGCAGCACCGGCAUCACUCAUCUGGCCCUCAGACUUACUUUGAGCAGAGUUGUGAAACUUCUAAUGAGAUUGUUUUUGGAGCAGUUCAAGAAUUGGAAAGCAAACGCCAAUCGGUGGAGAUCAAGGCUGUGAAUUACGGGGAUCCAAUCUAUGAGCAGUAUGGUAUGCGAUACCGAAAUGGUUACAUGGGGUAUGCCAACUACUAAAUAGGCUCUAAAUUUUCAUCUCCAUUUCGUUGAACAAGAUUCAGCCAACUUAUAUGUGGUCUCUUUCCUCUCUUACAUGUCUAUAGAAUGAGGGAAGUACCAAGAAAUCUGGAAACUUGGCAAAGUAUUUGGAUCGUAAUCUGUUUUUGUACGAGAAAUCUAGUUCUCAAUCGAUAUGAUUGUAAAUUUGGUUCAUUCAAA